GGCUGCCGCUACGGUGCUGACAAGAUGGCGGCUGGCGGGGCUGUUGCUGCGGCGCCCGAGUGCCGGCUUCUGCCCUACGCGCUGCACAAGUGGAGCUCCUUCUCCUCCACCUACCUUCCCGAGAAUAUUUUAGUGGAUAAACCAAAUGACCAGUCUUCAAGGUGGUCUUCAGAGAGCAACUAUCCUCCCCAGUACUUGAUUCUGAAGCUUGAAAGGCCUGCUAUAGUCCAGAAUAUCACAUUUGGAAAAUAUGAGAAAACUCAUGUCUGCAAUUUGAAGAAAUUUAAAGUCUUUGGUGGAAUGAAUGAAGAAAAUAUGACCGAGUUAUUGUCCAGUGGCUUAAAGAAUGAUUAUAACAAAGAAACAUUCACCUUAAAGCAUAAAAUUGAUGAACAGAUGUUUCCCUGUCGGUUCAUUAAAAUAGUUCCACUCUUAUCCUGGGGACCCAGCUUUAACUUUAGCAUCUGGUAUGUUGAACUUAGUGGCAUUGAUGAUCCUGAUGUAGUACAACCCUGUCUCAACUGGUAUAGCAAGGUAGGACUGUAUUUAAAAACCCUGGUUAGCAACUAUCUUCACCAACUGGCCAUUGCUUAUAUGGAACCACUUCCAACAAGCAGGAAUGCUUCUAAGACCGUUUAUUUGUUUGGUGGCUGGGAUGGAACACAGGAUCUUGCUGACUUCUGGGCAUACAGUGUGAAAGAGAACCAGUGGACAUGUAUCUCUAGAGACACUGAGAAAGAGAAUGGUCCUAGUGCCAGAUCAUGUCAUAAAAUGUGCAUUGACAUUCAGCGAAGGCAAAUCUACACAUUGGGGCGUUACUUGGAUUCCUCUGUGAGGAACAGCAAGUCUCUGAAGAGUGACUUCUAUCGUUACGACAUUGACACGAAUACAUGGCUGCUGCUCAGUGAGGACACCGCUGCCGACGGAGGGCCGAAGCUGGUGUUCGAUCAUCAGAUGUGUAUGGACUCAGAAAAACAUAUGAUCUACACCUUUGGUGGUAGAAUUUUGACAUGUAAUGGCAGCGUAGACGACAGCAGAGCCAGUGAACCGCAAUUCAGUGGGUUGUUUGCUUUCAACUGUCAAUGUCAAACCUGGAAACUUCUUCGAGAGGACUCCUGCAAUGCUGGGCCUGAGGACAUCCAGUCUCGGAUAGGACACUGCAUGCUCUUUCACUCAAAAAAUCGUUGCUUAUAUGUAUUUGGUGGCCAGCGAUCGAAGACCUAUUUGAAUGAUUUCUUUAGUUAUGAUGUGGACUCUGAUCAUGUAGACAUAAUCUCAGAUGGCACCAAGAAAGACUCUGGAAUGGUUCCAAUGACAGGAUUCACACAGAGAGCAACCAUUGACCCAGAACUGAAUGAAAUCCAUGUCUUGUCUGGACUCAGCAAAGACAAGGAGAAGAGGGAAGAGAAUGUCAGAAACUCAUUCUGGAUUUACGACAUAGUGAGGAACAGUUGGUCCUGCGUCUACAAAAAUGAUCAAGCUGCAAAGGAUAAUCCAAGUAAAAGUCUUCAGGAGGAAGAACCAUGCCCAAGAUUUGCCCACCAGCUUGUAUAUGAUGAGUUACACAAGGUGCAUUAUUUAUUUGGUGGGAAUCCAGGAAAAUCGUGCUCCCCAAAGAUGAGAUUAGAUGACUUCUGGUCGCUGAAGUUGUGUAGGCCUUCAAAAGAUUACUUACUGCGGCAUUGCAAGUACCUCAUCAGAAAACACAGGUUUGAAGAGAAGGCCCAAAUGGAUCCCCUUAGUGCUCUGAAAUAUUUGCAAAACGAUCUUUAUAUAACUGUGGAUCAUUCAGACCCAGAAGAGACGAAGGAGUUUCAGCUUCUCGCUUCAGCGCUGUUCAAAUCUGGUUCAGACUUUACCGCUCUAGGCUUCUCGGACGUGGAUCACACCUAUGCUCAAAGAACUCAGCUCUUUGACACCUUAGUAAAUUUCUUUCCUGACAGCAUGACGCCUCCGAAGGGCAACCUGGUGGACCUCAUCACGCUGUAACCCAAGAGCCACUGGACAGAAAUGGAGGACGGGCGUCCGCUGUCAGUGCCCUGGACUUCAGUGCUGGUGACCGGCAGUUAGGCUGCAGUGGCCGAGGAGGACUGCCCAGAAUUUGGAAGGGAUCUUGACCAUCGCGAGUUCUCACCCUCUUCCUUCAUACCUGACCUCAGCCCCGUGCUUCUCAUCCCAUUCCUCAAUUAGGCUAAUAAUAAAGUGAAACUGGUAUACUUUCCAUUUAAAUAUAUA